UUAUUGCAAGAUGAACUCUGAAAGCGAGUCCAUUGAAGUCUACAAUAAUGAUACCACUGUGAAUAAAAUUAUCGCGGAAAAGGUUAGACAUCUUCAUCAUAUUGAGCCUUUCUUCAUUUGCGAUAUUCGCGAAGUACUGAGAAAAUGUUCGUUAUGGGCUGAAUUAUUUCCCAGAGUAAAGCCGUUUUAUGCGGUUAAAGCAAAUAGCAGUAGACUUGUGUUGAAAGUAAUGGCAGAUUUUGGAAUAAACUUUGAUUGUGCGUCAAAGUAUGAAAUUGAUCUUGCUUUAUCACUCGGAAUCCCUCCUAAAAGAAUAAUUUAUGCGCAUUCAAUUAAAACAUCUAGUUAUAUAAAGUAUGCUUCUGAUGCUGACAUUAAAUUGAUGACUUUCGAUAAUGAAGAGGAAUUGCGUAAGAUGAAAAGACUUUGUCCAGAUGUUCAAGCUAUCAUACGAAUAAAAUAUGAUGCGAAAAAUGCUUUUUUGAAGCUUGGUGAAAAGUUUGGCUGCAAUGUGGAGAACGAAGCAGAUGAAUUAAUUAAUCUUGCUCAAAGUUUGUGUGUAAACCUGGUAGGUGUUAGUUUUCAUAUAGGGGUAGGGUGUACAGAUCUGCCAACAUUUUACAAUGCUAUCAAAUCGGCAAGGAUAGUUUUUGAUAUAGCAAAACGGUACGGAUAUGAUCUCCGCAUAUUGGACAUAGGUGGUGGGUUCCCCGGGGCCGAUGAUGUACUACUUAAACAGAUCGCAUUGACUGUUAAUAACGCUUUGGACAUGUACUUUUCCGAUCAGUCGAUUCAGAUUAUUGCCGAACCCGGUACCGUUUUAGUAGACUCGGCAUUUACAUUGGCUUGUAAUGUGAUAUCUAGAAAAUUUAAGUCGAAUAAAUGGAUUUAUUACAUAAAUGAUGGACUACAUGGAAGUUUUCACAAAGGUCUCAUUGUAGGGAGCCCAUUUACAAUGUACCCUUUAAAAAUACCAUCGCAUAAAGAGCUUUACAGCAGCACCAUUUUUGGUGUUACAUGUGGAGCGAAAGAUAAGUUAAUUGAAAAUCUCACACUACCCUCGUUGGAAAUUGACGAUUGGCUGAUUUUAAAGAAUAUGGGGGCGUAUUCCUUGGGUUUGCAUACCAGCAUGAAUGGAUUUUUUGUCCCUCGUAUGUUUUACGUGACAGACUUCAACAACUUAACACGCUAUGGAUUGUCGGAGUUCAAUUAUAAGUUCACCAAAACGAUAUUAAAAGAAGCAACAGAUGAUAGGACCAAUUUGAACGAAGAAUUUAGGGUGACAUUUUGCUUAGAUUUUAUCUUGUAACGUACCCAGCAGAAGAGCUAGGAAAACUAAUUGCACUAUAAAUAUGUAAAAAAUAAUAUACCGGAUGUUGCGUUUUAA